GGUCGCUGCCGGGGCUGGGGACUUGCGGGCUCUUGAGGGAGGUGUGGGGGCACUCCUGCUCCCGGCGCCUCUGUGAACUGCCAUUGGGGCCGUCUGCCCAUCGGGCCGCUAUUUGUUGACGAGUAGCCUUCUCUUCGUGGUGGGGGAUUCCUUUCUGCCCGCGGGUGCCCCUCUCCUCUUCGCUCUCUGCCAGCCGUCGGGUGGCGGCAGUGAGGCGCGGGCUGUGCAGCGUAGUGGCCCGACCGCCCAGAGGUGCUGUCCGUCCGGCCUCCCCGCCCCCCGCCGUGCGACCCGUGGGUCAGGCGAGAUCCAGGGUUCAGGUGUGGGCACGUUCCGCGAGAAACGCCGGGCUGCGGGGGAACCGGAGUGCCGGGCGAGUGGGCGUCUUUCACAAAUGCCGGGGGACUUCCUUGGGGCUUUCUUGGAUCAUCAGAUAAAUUGAUAUGUCUGUUUGGCCUGAAUGUCGAAUUGUUCUACCUAUAUACCACUGUUCAUUAAAUACACUUUCGGGAAAUGGCCUCUAAAUCUUGGCUGAAUUUUUUAACCUUCCUUUGUGGAUCAGCAAUUGGAUUUGUUUUAUGUUCUCAGCUAUUUAGUAUUUUGUUGGGAGAACAGGGUGAUACCCAGCCUGAUAUUCUUCAUAAUGAUCCGCAUGCUAGGCAUGCAGAUGAUAAUGGACAAAAUCAUCUAGAAGGACAGAUGAACUUCAAUGCAGAUUCUAGCCAACAUAAAGAUGAGAACACAGACAUCGCUGAAAACCUCUAUCAGAAGGUUAAGAUUCUUUGCUGGGUUAUGACAGGGCCUCAAAAUCUAGAGAAAAAGGCCAAACACGUCAAAGCUACAUGGGCCCAACGUUGUAAUAAAGUAUUGUUUAUGAGUUCAGAAGAAGAUAAAGACUUCCCUGCGGUGGGAUUAAAAACCAGAGAAGGCAGAGACCAACUGUACUGGAAAACAAUUAAAGCUUUUCAGUAUGUUCAUGACCAUUAUUUAGAAGAUGCUGAUUGGUUUAUGAAAGCAGAUGAUGAUACAUAUGUUAUCCUGGAAAAUUUGAGAUGGCUUCUCUCAAAAUACAACCCUGAAGAACCCAUUUACUUUGGGAGAAGAUUUAAGCCCUAUGUAAAGCAGGGCUACAUGAGUGGAGGAGCCGGAUAUGUUCUGAGCAAAGAAGCCUUGAAGAGAUUUGUUGAUGCAUUUAAAACAGACAAAUGUACACAUAGUUCCUCCAUCGAAGACUUAGCAUUGGGCAGAUGCAUGGAAAUUAUAAAUGUAGAAGCGGGAGAUUCCAGAGAUACCAUUGGAAAAGAAACUUUUCAUCCCUUUGUACCAGAACACCACUUAAUCAGGGGUUAUCUACCUAGAACCUUCUGGUACUGGAAUUAUAACUAUUAUCCUCCUGUAGAGGGUCCUGGUUGCUGUUCUGAUCUUGCAGUUUCUUUUCACUAUGUCGAUCCUACAACUAUGUAUGAGUUAGAAUACCUCGUUUAUCAUCUUCGUCCAUAUGGUUAUUUAUACAGAUAUCAACCUGCCUUACCUGAAAAUAUACGAAAAGAAGUAAGUCGAGAUUACAAAAAAGAAGAUCCAAAAGUAAAAUGAGAACCCUUGAAAGAAAAACACAAAUGAAGAGGUAAAAUGUUUGGCAUUGCACUGAAGAACUUCUGCAUUUCUGAUACAGAACACUGGAAUCCCAGUGAGGAAUUCUUUCUAAGUGAACAUUCCAUGUUAGAAAUCUUUCAUAUGAAUGACUGUAAACUGAAGCUUUAAGUGAGCUGUGAAGUCUGUUAAAAUGUGUUUUGAUACAGUAAUAUAUAUAUGUAAUAUAUAUAAAUAUAUAUUAUAUAUAUAUAUGAAAAACUUGUGUUUUUAAAAUGGUGGCCAGGUAGAGGGACUAGAAACGAGAAUUUUGUUUUCUAUUCUUGACCACAUUUAUUAUUUUCACUGAGAAACUAGGACACUUAAAUUUUCUAAAACUACACUGCACAUAUUAAUAACACACGUGAUGCUAAAUAGGUCUGCCUUAAAGAAAAUUUUAGGAGGAAAUAGUGUUGCUUAAUGUUAUUCAUAAACUCAAAACAUGAGUUUAUAUUUGUAGUAUGAUAUAAAUGAACCAAACCCUUCCCCCUACACACACACUCACACAUGCAGUUUUUGUCUAAUGGAAAUUUCCUGUGACUGUAAUUGGCAGUAUUUCUUCCAAACAAAGUAAAGUAAGAAUGGCACUUGUCCUAAAGUGCAUUAAUAAAACCACAUUUUGAAAUUAUAUGGGCCUUUACUAUAUUAUAUACUUGGUUCUAAUUAGUAAUUAAUGUUUUACUGAGUCCCUAUUGUCUCUUUUCUAAAUAUGUUUAUCCUUGAAUACAGUUUUAAUUAUUAAUAUUUAUUUACUCAAAGCAUUAAUAGCAUUCUAUAAACAUGCAUUUUAAAAUAUUUUGUUCCCAAAUUUACCCAUUGUUAAUUGUGGGUAACCAAUAAAUAGUAAAUUUAAUGCUAUUUGGGGAUGCCUUUCUUAGAUCAGUGCCACUCUCAGGAAUUCGUGUCAUUUUAAGUUGAUUAUUUAAAACUCUUUCCAACUACAUAAUUAUAGUUCCUUUUGUUAUCAUCCUGUUGAGAGAUGAGAAUUUGUUUGUGCCUUUCAUAACUUGUUUAAAGCAAAGUUUAGACAUUCAUUUUUAGGCUCUGAGGUGGCUAUUAGUUGCACUGGCAAGUUAAUUUGAAUGUACAGUUUUCACCAGAGUUGAUUAAAAAUAUUAGAGAAACAGAGUGCUUAAACAAAGUGAACUAUGUCAGAUAUUAAAAGACCAAAUACUUAAUUCAUGAAUAUCAGCCUGAAUUUUGAUGCUGACUUACUAUUUUGGGGUGGUUUUUUGUUUGGUUGGUUAUUGGUUGGUUGGUUUUGGUUUUGGUUUGCCAGUAGAUAAUUCUAACAGAGCAGAACACCCAAUUCAACACUGUCAUCAAAAAUAUGUUCGUAAAUAUUUCAUUCUGAUUUUAGUGACCUAUUUAAAGCAUUUCUGGAAGGAAAGAAAAUUUUAAGUUUUGUUGUCUUUAGUAGUAUUAUUUGAGUGUAUCAUAAAAUAAUAUUUUGCAGACUUUCUGUAAGAUUACCUUAAAUGUUACAAACAAGUUAAAUUUUUUGUUUAUCAUUAUGCUAAUUUUACAUGGCUAGUAUGCCAUUGAAUCUGCUGCUUAGCUGAAGAGUUUAUAUUUAUUGUGCCAAAACAUGUCAAAAUUAUGAUCUCUUUGGAUGGUAUAUAUUGAGAAGAUGUUCUUGGUGAUGAUUAGUGGUAAUUACGGAUUACUUUGUCCUGUCCACACAUUGAAAAGUCCCACCAGUUUUUAACUUAAA